UUUUUGGAGAUAACUGAUAACUGUGUCAGGCUUUCAGCAUAGAAGCAAGGAACCAAUCUCUUCAAACUUUGCAACCUUUUCACAAUCCAAGCAUAAGAAUUAAGAACCUUGGAAGUUUGCUGUUUUUUUAUUUUUAUUUUUUUACCAAUGUCUCACACCUUGCAAUUUUCAUUUGUUUCAAGUGCAUUCAAUUAUUCAAUGAAGAUGGAGAAGAUGAAGAGAGUUAGGCCUCGUGGGUUUCAAUUUCUAUGCUCUUCUGAGCAUUCCAGUUUCAAAGAUGAAGAUGGUGCUGAUAAUGGGGGAGGUCAAGUUUCAUCGCGGGUGAUAUUGGUGGAGAGAUAUAGCAAUGGUACUGCUAAGAGAUAUGUAUUAGGUGAUGAUUCACAGUUGCAAGCCUUUCUUGUUGAGGAGGAUAGGUCUACGCCAAACAGGUUCCAGGAUUUGCAUUCCUCUGAUGAAAGCCUAUCCUGGCUUCCAGAGAUAAUAAAAGAUUUUGUUCUACCAGCAGGCUUUCCUGGAUCAGUUUCAGAUGAUUACUUGGAUUACAUGUUAUUACAGUUCCCUACCAAUGUGACUGGAUGGAUCUGUCACACCCUAGUCACUUCAAGUCUUCUAAAGGCUGUUGGUAUUGGCUCUUUCACUGGAACCACAGCAGCUGCUUCAGCUGCUGCCAUCAGGUGGGUCUCAAAGGAUGGCAUUGGAGCUGUUGGACGCUUAUUCAUUGGUGGGAGAUUUGGAAGCCUUUUUGAUGAUGAUCCCAAGCAAUGGAGAAUGUAUGCGGACUUCAUUGGCAGUGCUGGAAGCAUUUUUGAUCUGACAACCCAACUAUAUCCUGCCUAUUUCCUUCCUUUGGCAUCUCUUGGAAAUCUUACCAAGGCUGUAGCAAGAGGGCUAAAAGAUCCUUCUUUUCGUGUGAUUCAAAACCACUUUGCAAUUUCAGGAAAUCUAGGAGAGGUAGCUGCAAAGGAAGAAGUUUGGGAAGUGGUUGCUCAACUGGUUGGCCUUUCUUUAGGCAUAUUGAUUCUGGAUACACCUGGCCUUGUAAAAUCAUAUGGUGUAAUUUCGUUAACUUGGUUGAGUAUGCGACUACUGCAUCUUUGGCUACGUUAUGAAUCACUUUCAGUUCUCCAGUUUAACACAAUAAAUAUAAAGCGUGCUCGCAUACUGGUAAAAUCACAUGUGUUACACUCCACUGUUCCAGGAUGCACCGAUUGCAACAGAGAAGAAAAUAUAUUAGCCUGGUCUCAAUUCAUGAAGCCAAAAAUAAUUUUUGGCUUGCCCUUGGAGAAAAUGGAUGGUGUGGAGAGAUCUUAUUUUAUGGUGGAGGCACUUAUAAAAUUAUAUGCAAGUGAGAAAUAUAUUCUUAUGGUGAAUCAACAGACAGAAGAUUUGAGAUUUUAUGUUUCUUUCAAGGUUGGAGCUACAAAUGUAUCGGUAUUGCGAAGUGUGUGGCAGAGUUUCUGGCUAAGUGAGAACUGGGAUAGCGAUGAUAAUGUUCGUGAUCAAAUUGCUACUAGCCUAAUGGAAUUGGAAGAAAAGUUUGAGGAUUUCAUUCAAAAGUUGAAAGAUGCAGAAUGGGAUACCCAGCAAUUAAAUUUGAAGGUUCCCAAAGAAAUCUUCAUUGAUGACAAUACCAAUUCUCUCUAAAUUCUAAAAUGGUGAAGCUGAGAAUGUUGGGUAGUGCAAAAUGAUAUGACCUCAUAAAAUGUGAUCUACCAAAUUGUAAAUUCUGUAAGCAGUUUUGCAAGCAUUCAGAGCAAGAUAUCUAUUUUCACAUGUAGAUAUUCAACAAAGGGAGACACAAAAUUUAUGGUGGCCAAUUGGCUUAUAGUCCUAACUCAUUAAAUACCAAAUACUGGCUUUGAUACUGCUUUCUACUUUCUGAGGAUCCUAUUGUAAAAAAAUUGUUCUCAAUUUUGUUUAAAGUCUUUCUUGUAUGUAAUUUUGUGGGGGGAAAUUUUUUCAUGCUUGGUAUUCAGGACUUUUGUGGGUGUACAAUUUGUUGAUCAUAAAAAUGUUCAUUUCUUUACCUUUUUAGAGAGACAUUAAUGCUGUUUUAAUCAAAUUAAUUGCCCUAUA